AUGACCGAGAAAAGUCCUAUCGUGGACACACAGGCCCCAGGGGUGACCAGCGUGUUGACUGGCGACAGCCACUCUCAAGCAGACGAUACGAAGAACUAUGAGUUGACUGGAAUUCCCCUAAUCGUGGUCAUCUCCGGGCUUGGUCUUUCUAUAUUCCUCCUCUCACUGGACUCCUCCAUCAUCGCCACGGCCAUUCCCAGGAUCACCUCCCAAUUCAACAGCACCGGUGAUAUCGGCUGGUAUGGAAGUGCAUACUCCUUCGCGAUGUGCGCUUGCCAGCCCAUCGCAGGUAAAUUAUUUGCGAGCUUCGCAAUGAAGGGCAUGUUCCUUGGAUGUUUUGCCGUGUUCGAGUUUGGCUCAUUGCUGUGCGCCCUUGCUGCUAAUAGCCCCAUGCUCAUCGUCGGACGCGCAAUUGCAGGAGUCGGGGCAGCAGGAUGCUUCACAGGGGCCUUCUGUAUUGUCGCGGUUUCAAUCCCGCUAGUCAAGCGGCCAUUCUAUAUUGGGAUUCUUCAGUCAACAUUUGGCAUCGCCACUAUCAUUGGACCCGUACUGGGUGGUGCAUUCACAGAGCAUGUGACAUGGCGAUGGUGUUUUUGGAUUAACCUCCCAGUUGGAGCUGUUACAAUUGUUGCACUGGUCUUCUUUUUCAGACCACCUCCGCGCGACACGACGGACUCCCCCUCUGUUCGGGAUAGAUUAGAAAACCUCGACUGGCUGGGCGCUUUUCUCUUCGCCCCGGCGACAAUUAUGAUAUUUUUGGCUCUCCAAUGGGGAGGCACCGAGCACGCUUGGAAGAGUGCUACCAUCAUUGGACUCUUCAUUGGAGGUGCCGGCCUUGGUCUCAUCUUCGCUCUAUGGCAAAUACGACGGGCUGACAAUGCCAUGAUCCCACCUCGUCUGAUCACCGAGCGAACCAUGUUCUUCUCGUGCCUCAGCGAGUUCUUCGCCAUGGGUGCCGUGUAUACUUCAAUAUACUACCUCCCAGAAUGGUUCCAGGUCAUCAAAAAUGCCUCACCCACGAAAUCCGGACUGAUGUACCUCCCCUUGGCGCUGUCAGAUGUCCUCUCCGCAACACUGACAGGCGCCUCGCUUAAAUAUCUGGGAUACCCAAAUCCCUACAUGCUUCUCGGAACAGCGCUGAUGAGCAUAGCAACUGGGCUGUUUUCUACCUUCUCCGAAAGCACCCCACACCAGCAGUGGAUCCCAUUCCAAGUCCUCCAAGGUCUCGGUGUCGGAAUGACACUCUCAAUGCCUUAUGUUGCGACGCAAACGGUUCUCAAGCCUGAAGAUAUUCCUGUCGGUACCUCGUUGCUCCAAUGCUUUCAGUUCUUUGGGGCUUCUGUGAACCUCGCUAUCGCGGAGGCUAUCUUCGAGAACAAACUUGUCUCACGACUUGACAGUUCGGGAUUUGAAGGGCACGAGAUAGAGAAUAUUCUCAAUGCCGGCUCGGCGGAAGCGAGGAGCGUGGUUUCUGCGGCGCAUCUCCCAGGCGUGUUAGAUGCGUACAACUAUGCGAUCACCAGCACGUUUUACCUCGCGACCAGUGUUGCCGCUGUUGCAUUCCUCCUUUCGCUUGGGAUUCGCUGGAGGAGUGUCAAGCCAAAGCCCCAGGCUGUUUCUGAUGCGGAGGUUGGGCCAUGA